AUGCCGAACUGGGGAGGUGGCGCCAAAUGUGGUGCUUGUGACAAGUCAGUGUAUCAUGCUGAGGAAAUCCAGUGCAAUGGCAGGAGUUUUCACAAGACAUGCUUCCACUGCAUGGCUUGCAGAAAAGCUCUGGACAGUACUACAGUAGCAGCUCAUGAAUCUGAAAUCUAUUGCAAAACCUGUUAUGGAAGAAAAUAUGGUCCCAAAGGUAUUGGGUUUGGACAAGGGGCAGGGUGUCUCAGCACUGAUACUGGCGAACAUCUAGGCUUGGAUCUGCAACACUCACCAAAGCCUGCUCGCCCUUCUACGCCUACCAACCCUUCAAAGUUCACCAAAAAGUUUGGAGAUGUGGAUAAGUGUCCCCGCUGUGGCAAAUCAGUGUAUGCUGCAGAGAAAAUAAUGGGAGGAGGAAAACCUUGGCAUAAGACUUGCUUCCGUUGUGCUAUUUGUGGAAAGAGCCUAGAAUCUACAAAUGUUACAGACAAGGAUGGAGAAAUCUACUGUAAAGUUUGCUAUGCAAAGAAUUUUGGUCCUAAAGGAAUUGGGUUUGGUGGCCUCACUCAAGUGGAAAAGAAAGAGUGA